AUGAAGUUUCAACUUAUCCUCGGUGCUCUGGCUCUCGCCAUCACAACCUCCGCUGCCCCCACUGCCACCACCGUCGACAGCGUUAAGCUUAGUAAUGUCCAGGUCAAGAACCUCUUUGACGUCCUCAAGGUUCAUUCCAAGCUUGCGGCCGACCAGAGCAUCAGCUGCACCGUUGCUUACACUCUGGCUUUGACCACGGCUGGACCGCCCUACACCAUUGAUCUGACCAGCCUUGACCUGUCCAACUGCACCUAUAGUGGUCCCUAG